GAGAGCAAGUCAUCCCCUCCCCCCCGUGGACAUCCGAGGACCGGGGCCCGCAGCAUGUGGUGUGCCUUGCGAGGCUGGUGGCGAGGGCGCCCGGGCCCGUGGACAGUCCCGGGGCAGCAGCGGCCCCCAGGCAUCCGUGCCCUGGGCAGCACGGGCUCCGGGACUCGGGACCAGUACAGCCACGUGGUGGUGGGCGCGGGUUCCGCGGGCUGUGUGCUGGCCGGGCGGCUCACGGAGGACCCCGACAGGCGUGUGCUGCUGCUGGAGGCAGGGCCCAAGGACCUGUACGCGGGCAGCAAGCGGCUCCUGUGGAAGAUCCACAUGCCUGCGGCGCUGGUGGCCAACCUGUGUGAUGACCGGUACAACUGGUGCUACCACACGGAGCCGCAGGCUGGCCUGGACGGCCGCGUGCUCUACUGGCCGCGGGGCCGGGUCUGGGGAGGCUCCUCAUCCCUCAAUGCCAUGGUGUACGUGCGCGGGCACGCCGAGGACUACAACCGCUGGCACCGGGAGGGCGCGGCAGGCUGGGACUACGAGCACUGCCUGCCCUACUUCCGCAAGGCCCAGAGCCACGAGCUAGGCGCCAACAAGUACCGCGGAGGCGAAGGCCCACUGCAUGUGUCCCGGGGCAAGACCCGCCACCCGCUGCACCGGGCCUUCCUGGCGGCGGCACAGCAGGCCGGCUACCCCCUCACGGAGGACAUGAACGGCUUCCAGCAAGAAGGCUUCGGCUGGAUGGACAUGACCAUCCACAAAGGCCAGCGCUGGAGCGCGGCCUGUGCGUAUCUGCACCCGGCGCUGAGCCGCCCCAACCUCACGGCCAAGGCCCGGGCCUUCGUGAGCAGGGUGCUGUUUGAAGGCCCCCGUGCGGUGGGCGUGGAGUACACCUGGAACGGCCAGAGCCACCGGGCUUAUGCCAGCGCAGAGGUGAUCCUGAGUGGGGGUGCCAUCAACUCCCCACAGCUGCUCAUGCUCUCGGGCAUCGGCAACGCAGACGACCUCGCGGGCCUGGGCAUCCCGGUGGUGUGCCACCUCCCCGGAGUCGGCCAGAACCUACAGGACCACCUGGAGGUCUACGUUCAGCAGGCGUGCACCCAGCCCAUCACCCUGCACUCAGCCCAGAAGCCCUGGCGGAAGGUGCGGAUUGGGCUGGAGUGGCUCUGGGGGUACACAGGGGAUGGGGCCACAGCCCAUCUGGAAACAGGUGGGUUCAUCCGGAGCCAGCCUGGCGUCCCCCACCCGGACAUCCAGUUCCAUUUCCUGCCGUCCCAGGUGAUCGACCACGGGCGGGUGCCCACCCAGCAGGAGGCGUACCAGGUGCAUGUGGGGACCAUGCGGGGCACGAGUGUGGGCUGGCUCAAACUCAGAAGUGCCAACCCCCGGGACCACCCUGUGAUCCAGCCCAACUACUUGUCAACAGGAAACGACAUCGAGGACUUCCGUCGGUGUGUGAGGCUGACCAGAGAAAUCUUUGCGCAGAAAGCCCUGGCACCGUUCCGGGGUAAAGAGCUGCAGCCAGGAAGUCACAUCUGGUCAGACAAGGAGAUAGACGCCUUUGUGCGGGCAAAAGCGGACAGCGCCUACCACCCGUCGUGCACCUGCAAGAUGGGCCAGCCCUCCGACCCCGCUGCCGUGGUGGACCCGCAGACCAGGGUGCUCGGGGUGGAAAAUCUCAGGGUCGUGGAUGCCUCCAUCAUGCCCAGCGUGGUCAGUGGGAACCUCAAUGCCCCCACCAUCAUGAUGGCAGAGAAAGCAGCCGACAUCAUCAAGGGGCAGCCUGCACUCUGGGACAAGGACGUCCCUGUGCACAAGCCCAGGACCCUGGCCACCCAGCGUUGAGGCCGUCGCUGCCCGAGAAGCCCUGUGAUGAGACAAAAGGGCCGGCACCACUGUUGCCCCCAAACGCUCGUUCCCGAGACCGUCUAGUCUAGCCUGUGAAGAGUCAAUCAUCCUUGAAAUGAGACCAGGACUGUCAUGUCAGCAAAUCAGGUUCCACUUACCAGCAUUCUCCCUGUGGGCCCUUGGGAAGGCCAGCAUCUGGAGCGGACGCCAGGCCAGCAUAGGAGGACGGCUACCUCCUGCUACACCCUUCUCCCGUGUUCUGUCGCCCUCUCCAACCCAGCUCCUGGUCAGACUUGAGAGAAGUGCUUCUUUCCCAGGCCUCCCUCAAAGAACAGGGUGCUGUGCCCAGAGGCUGGGUGCCCUCGGGCUGAGCCGUCUCAGUCAGGGGGCGUCCGGCACCCCUGCUCAGAGGGGAAGGCUGCCUGGGGGAAGAGACCCAGGGUCCUCCUUCCUCACCUCACUCCCAGAGACAGACGGGCCCGCUCAGCGGGGCCCCACCUCCCUAGCGCUCUAGUUCUUAACGAAUGUGAUCGGCCCAGCAAGAGGACUUCCAGACCGUGUUCAGGGAGAGAAGAGUGGAGGUCUCCCCACAGCCCCGGGUUCCAUGAUUUCGCAUUCUAGAGGCGCAGAGCACAUCUCACAGAGCCGACGGCCGCUGCAUGCCAGAGCGGCCGGGCCGAGGACGCUCUCCCCUCAGCCCGGGGAGGCGACUGGGACUGGGCCAGGCUGGCUAAUUCUUAUUCUCUAGACAUCCACGGGAACAGACCACGACGGAACCGAGACACACAAGGCGGCCAAGUAAAACCGCACCCUGCUCCCGGAAAAAUGCAACCGAGUGAAAGAAAAUCAAAUGGGCCAAAAAAAGUAGCAUUUAAAACAGCCGUUUGACCCUUAAACUUGUUACAAUGCAAUAAUGAGGUCCACUAACUUUUGAACUGAGAUGCCUUAGACAGACUAUUCUGAUGACGUAAUGAUUUCUGUGAAGAUACCCAAAACCAAUGUGGAUGGCAGGGGAGAAAAAUGGGGCAUCCCAGGCUUCCCCCGGGAGGCCCGGCAGCCACACUUGUUUCUGAGAAAGACCUUCCAGAAAGGUGGAGAGAAGAAAACCAUCUCUCUCAUCUCUCCUCCCUUACAAACCUUAAGCGGCCCUUGUUUAGUCUUACCUGUAUCUUGCUUUAUUCUCUGUUCCGAAGGAAGGUCAAGAAAGAAAAUUCUCAGUCUAUCAAGAGAUUUCGUCCGAGAGGUUCCCCACCAGCACCGCUGGGUCUCGGAGCCGCCCUCAGGGGACGGACGGCAGUGCCAGCCCACGGCUCUCAGGGCCCGGAGGUAGCAAGUCCGGUGUCCUGGGGUCAUGUCUGUGGCUGAGGCUGGCCUUUACCCCAAAGUGUCCAGAUUCCAACGUGUACGUGGGAGAGAUGGGACGCAGGGCCGCCUUCUGGCCAGGCCUCUUAUUUAUUAGCAUCGCUGUAGGGCUUUCAGUCCCCCUUUUGGCUGUGUGGAGGCACAGUUUGGGUAGGUUUCUGCUCUGGCCCCUGUGCGACACCUCGUGGGCAGUGCCCCGCCUACCUGCCGCACUCUGUGCCUUGGAAAUGCUUAGCCCCUGCUUUGGGCUGUCUGCUUCGCUCUCCGCCUCCACAGCAGCAGUUACUCUUUGAGUUUUCCAAAUCGAGGGGCAUCUGUACCAAGGCAAUGAACCUUUUGAUUUUUGAUCUAUUUGUUUUAAGCUCUAUUGUCACCAAUAAAAUCUUAAGAGUUAAAAACAAAAAAAAAGAUAUUUCUCCCUUAUUGGGCUUACCGCAGGUGAGAAUGGACAUUCCCGGGCUGGCCUGCUCAGAUGCGGGCGUGGUGGGCAACCCGGCCACUCGGGUCUGCUGACGUCACGCUGCAUUCUCAGCCUCUGGGACGCUGGCUGAUUGGCCGCUUGCCUGUGUUGUAAGGUGAGCAAAAUGUCGUGUGCCGAGAGGAGCCCAUCCGGCCCCUCUGCCCCGCUUGCUUCCUGGGCCUCGUUCCGUGCGAUCACACAAUUUGGCCGUGCACAGAAAUCCAUUGCAAAGGAGAAGACCGUGAGUGGCAGACACCCAGGAGCCACCGAACCGCAGCUCCAUGCCAGGGCCCAGACCCAGGACAGAAGACUCUGAUUCGGAGCGGCUCCUCCCUCGAGCCCUGAUGGGCGAGGGGCCACUGGCUGGGCAGAGUAACAUGGCAGCCCAGGUCGUAACAACGGUCUCUCUGUGGGUUCCCCUGCCGUGAGGCGGCCCCUGGCCUUGGGAAGGGGAGAGGCAUGCCCACUGAACCGGAGGGGACAGCCGCAGUCAGGCUUGCCAGGGACCAGACCAACGGUCAGGUGAGCUCCUGAGCAAAAAGCCUGCGAUGCCUGAAAAAUGGGAGAAUGACGUUUCCAACACUGGUGGAAAAGCCUAACAGCUGUGUGUGUGCCUGGUGAGCAGGCUCUGAGGAGGGUGCCCCCUCGGAGGUGCCAACCGUGGGCACCUUGACGCACAGCAUUCCAGCCUCCAGCGCAGGCUGUGGGAGUCACCAUACAUGCAGAUAGAUUAUUCUCUCCAGCCAAACCCUGCUCCCUGUCCCACGGACCAAUUACCUGAUACCUGGAUCCUUUUCUCUGAAACAUCAGAAACCCCCAUCCCUGUCCACUGGCCGUGCCGCGAGGCCCAGGUCAUCUCCUGCCACCAUGCCCACAGAUGUUGUCUCUCACUGCUGCCCCUAUGUCGGCAGCAAGGACCCAGGCCUGCUGUCCAUUCUCACCUGCCAUAAGCCCCAAUAGGGGAGAAAUGUCAUUUUAGGAAAAUUAAAAAUUUUCAACAAAUGAAAGCAUAGCUGGGGUCAGAUUUUAGAUGAGGUGGGUAGACUAACACAGGGGUUGAAGCUCUGUGUGUGGCCCCACAACUCAAGUCACUAAUGACUGCUUAGAACAGCCAACUGCCCAGCAUAACAGUGAAACCUUGUAGGAAAGGAAAUUGCCAAAGACCCUUCAGACAGUAAAAAGAAUCAACAUGAAAUAAACCGCCCUGGUUUUUGUCACAGGCGUGCAGUCGGCCGUGAAGUGGCUCCUCAAGCAGGUGAAGCCCGCACAUGCCCUGAGCCACUCCCCAGGCCCGCAGAGCCCAGCACCCCCAGCCUGGGCUGCCGGGAACACCCCCCCAGAGCAGGGCUAGGAAGCCCGCCGGGCCGGGCCGGCCGCGCAGAAAGCAGAGAGGCAGCUGUUAGCAGGUUCCCGCUCACCAGGAGUUAAGGCAGAGCUGCCAUUUCCACUAUGAAAAACACAAGAUUGAAGAAGCCAAAUGUACCAUUGUUGGGGACACAACAAAAUGACUUGUUUUUAGGGGGCAGGAGGGGAACAAAAAAGGAGAGACACUUAAAACUUCCCUAAAAUGAAGGGAAAAAACCAUGCUCUGCAAUUUUCUUACAAAGGAAAAUUUAAUGUUAGAUGGGCUGUUGAACCAGACGUAAAGCAGACAGAGGUAUUAGAAACGGUGCGGCCUGUAAAAACACCAGUUUUUAAGUACUGACUGGAAAAGACAAUCCCCUCUACCAGAAUACGCAGCCCUGGGAGGGAGAUUUUGGCCCGCUGAGGGUGAGCCUCCGUAAGGCCGGCGCCCAGCGGAGAGACACAGUCUGGGUGCGGGCGGGGUGCUGGCGACCGCGGGUAGCCCUUGGGGCGGAGCUGUGCUCCCUGUGGCGGCGCUGCCCUCGGGAGCUCUCCGGGCAAAUAGCAGCUCCUGGCAGGGAGGGCUCCCAGGUAUAACAAAGCUGUUACACAGUUGUAUUCUGAAGAACAUUUUGCAUUUUAAUAAAAAAACUUCUGUCAGGAAA